AUGCGCCAUCUGCAUGGAAGUCCAAUCAAGGUGCAUGGCUACCUUAAGUCGACGAAUUGCGUCGUCGACGGAAGGUGGGUGCUCAAAGUUACCGACUACGGACUGCCAGAAAUUUACGCGGCCUAUGGCGUGACAAGAGAAUGCACUGAUGAAGGUAAUGUUGUUGUUUCCCGGACUUUUGGACGAACAAGUGGAUUUCUAAUAAACACUUGGGCUGGUAGAAUGAAUAAGAAUGCAUGA